AAACACCGUUGAGUGCAAGAGUGAGAGUGGAGGGGGGAAAAGAAAUCACUGGACCUUCCCAACAUGGCGGGCUCGGGCGGAGAGGCUCGGCCGACCUCCUCAUCAUGGCCGACUAACCCCGCCGGCGGGCUCUGACCCUCCCAACAUGGCGGCGCGCCCGACCUCCCCAUCAUGGCGCGGGCCCCGCCCGCUCCGCCGCGGCCGGCGGGAGCAGUUCCGGGUGCGGCGCGCGCCGGGGGUGGGCGGGGGGCGGCGGCGUCCUGGCCAUGGCCGGCCUGUCGGACUUGGAGCUGCGGCGCGAGCUGCAGGCCCUGGGCUUCCAGCCGGGCCCCAUCACCGACACCACCCGCGACGUGUACCGCAACAAGCUGCGGCGCCUGCGGGGCGAGGCGCGGCUGCGGGAGGAGGCGCCGCGCGCGCGGCCGGCCUUGGUGCCCCUGCGCGCCGAGCCCCGGGCCUGCCCGCCGCGCGCCUGGCCCGCCUGGCCCGCGCCCCGCCGCCGCGCCCCGCACCGCGGCAGCUCGGACGACGACGACGACGACGAGGACGCGCGGCCGCCCGAGCGCGCGCGGCGCUGGGGGGCGCCGCCCCUGGGCCCCGGCCCCGAGCCCCGGCCCGGCCUGCGCGGCCCGCGGGCGGCCUGGGCGGGCGGCGCGGGCGCGGGCGCGGCGGGCGCGGCGGGCAGGCCGGGGCCCGGGCGCCGGCUCGAGCGCUGCCUGUCGCGCCUGCUGCUCGGGGCCAGCCUGGCGCUGCUGCUCGCCUUCCUGGCCAUCCUGUGGCUGAAGAUGGGCAAGCCCUCGGCGCCGCAGGAGGCGGAGGACAACAUGAAACUGCUGCCGGUGGACUGUGAGAGGAAGACAGAUGAGUUCUGCCAGGCCAAGCAGAAGGCGGCCUUGCUGGAGGUGCUGCACGAGCUCUACAACUUCCUGGCCAUCCAAGCCGGUAAUUUCGAGUGUGGAAACCCGGAGAAGCUGAAGAGCAAGUGCAUCCCGGUGACGGAGGCGCGGGACCACCUCGCGAAUGUGACGGGCAGCUCUGCCGCCAAGUUCGAGUCGGCGCUGACCUGGAUCCUGAGCAGUAACAAGGACGUGGGCAUCUGGCUGCGAGGGGAGGACGCGUCGGAGCUGGCGAGCAGCGUGGACAAGGUGGUCUGCCUGGAGUCGGCCCGGCCGCGCAUGGGCGUGGGCUGCCGCCUGAGCCGCGCCCUGCUCACCGCCGCCACCCACGUGCUCAUCUUCUUCUGGUGCCUGGCCUUCCUGUGGGGGCUCCUGAUCCUCCUGAAGUACCGGUGGCGGAAGCUGGAGGAGGAGGAGCAGGCCAUGUACGAGAUGGUGAAGAAGAUCAUCGACGUGGUGCAGGACCAUUACGUGGACUGGGAGCAGGACAUGGAGCGCUACCCCUACGUGGGCAUCCUGCACGUGCGCGACACCCUGAUCCCCCCGCAGAGCCGGAGGCGCAUGAAGCGCGUGUGGGAGCGGGCGGUGGAGUUCCUGGCGUCUAACGAGUCCCGGAUCCAGACGGAGUCCCACCGGGUGGCCGGCGAGGACAUGCUGGUGUGGAGAUGGACUAAGCCGUCGUCCUUCUCCGACUCGGAGCGAUGAGCCCUGGGCGGCUCUGUGCCGCAGGGCCGCCCGCCCGCCGGUGCUGAUUCACUCUUGCCUUGGCUGCACCUUCCUCCACCCGCCUCCAGUCCGGCUGGACUCACACGAGCCCAGCGGACACGGGCUGCCCUGAAGGCAGGGGGACCCCAGGGGGGUGCUGGUCGGCCCGUCUGCCCUUCUCGCAGGAGAGGGAGAAGGGCUGAGUACGGGCGGGCGGGGGUGCACCCCCGGCCCCUGGGGGGUGCUGGGCCAGGGUGGGAAGUGGCCGGGUGGGGCGGGAGCAGCUUGUCCAUGUGCCUUCAGAGGGUGUGACCGGGAGCUUGGGGGGAGGGGAGCCUGGCCUGGGCCCGCCUGGGCCUCUGUCCGAAGCGGGAGCUGCACCGCAGGAGGACUCUCGAGAAACACCUGCCCCGGGCAGGCAGGGCCCUGCGGUCAGCCGUGAGGGUGCCCGUCCAGCCGCCAGGAGGAAUUUGGAGUAGGCCCUGCCCCAGGCCAAGUGGGAUUCCAGCCCCGUGUGGGCGAGACCGCCCAGCCAGCAGAGCAGGGGGCUGCGUGCCCGUGAGCGCCGGGCUGCGCUGCUGCCCCCUGCUGGCUGCCCACCCGCAGCCCAGGUAUCAGCAGAGGGCGGGGAGCCCGGGGGGGCCGCUCUGCCCCCCCAGAGAGACAGACCAACACUGGGUGGCCUCAAGGCACCAGGCUCUCCUUUCUGGUCUGCUGGUAUUUUUUGUUUUCGUAAUAAAGCUCCAGUCUCCCUCAUUGAGCAAUACUCUCGUUUCCUCUGAUGUCUGGAUACUCGGCAGGGCUGGAGCCCGCGCGGCCCCCCGCAGCGAGACCCCCUCGAGGCCAGGCGCCGAACCACUGCAGCAGGCUUCAGUGUCAGGGUUGGAUCCGUUGGAUAAAUAAAUUAUUUAUUGAAAACGUA